AUGACAUCCCCCCAAACCCUCCAAUCAACCUACCGCCUAAACUCAGGCCACGAGAUCCCCAUCCUCGGCUACGGCAUAUCCUACAAACUAACCAAAGGAAAAACCAAAAGCUCCCCAUCAAAAACCGAAAUUCCCGUCCUAGAAGCCUUGAGCACCGGCUACCGCCAUGUUGACUCAGCAAUCAUGUACCGAAACGAAAAGGCCUGCGGUCAUGCAAUUGCAAAGUCAGGGCUAGACCGCUCCCAGAUCUUCUUUACUACUAAGAUCCCGCCCGAGUCUAUGGGGUAUGAGAGGACUAAGCGGGCCGUGGAGAGUAGUCUCCGGGAGGCGGGGGUGGAGUAUUUCGAUCUAAUCCUAAUCCAUGCCCCCUACGGCGGCAAAGAAGACCGUCUAGGCUCCUGGAAGGCACUCGUCGAAGCGCAGAAAGCGGGGAAAACGAAAUCAAUCGGCGUCUCCAACUACGGAAUCCACCAUCUCGACGAACUCGAGGAGUACAUCCAGCAAGGAGGCGGCGGGAGGAUCGACGUCGGCCAAUAUGAGAUCCAUCCGUGGUGCGCGCGCGAGGAUAUCGUCGAGUGGCUUCAGAAGCGGAAUAUCGUUGUCGAGGCUUAUUCGCCGCUUGCGCAUGGGACUCGUAUGGGUGAAGCUGUACUGAGGGAAUUGGGGAAGAAGUAUAAUAAGUCGCCGGCGCAGAUUAUGAUUCGGUGGUGUUUGCAGAGGGGUCUUGUGCCUUUACCGAAGUCUGCGACGCCCAGUCGCAUUAGGGAGAAUGCGGAAGUGUUUGAUUUUAAGUUGGAUGAGGAGGAUGUGAAGAGGCUUUUUACAGGAGAGUAUGAGCCUACGGAUUGGGACCCUACGCUUGAUUUUGAUUAG